UCAGCUUUUAUUCUGACACGAACCAACCGGAAGUACCAUUACAUCACAGCCAACUUGAUGCCACCGUUAGCUGCAAAAGUUCCGAGGAGAGGAAAGAAAAACGGCUGGAAGCGUCUUUUUUCUGUCAUUUUCUGUCCCGGAGCUGCGGACGGUGGGUCUCAGGAGCCCCGAAAUGUCUCCCGAUUUCGGAGCUGAACCUCGACUGGAGCUGGAUGAGAACUGAAGCUGCGCCUCUUUUCGCCCGUUUUUAGAGUCGUUUUUUACUACGGUUUUUUUUAGUUUAUGCCAGUAGAGCCGGUGAAAGUAUGGCGUUUUUCGUGAAGAAGAAGAAGUUUAAGUUCCAGACCCAGCUGACCCUGGAGGAGCUCACCGCGGUGCCUUUUGUCAACGGAGUUCUCUUCUGCAAGCUGCGCCUGCUGGAUGGGGAUUUUGUCGCUACUUCUUCCAGAGAGGAGGUCCAGGAGCACUGUGUUCGUUGGAGGAAGAGGUUCACCUUCGUGUCUAAAAUGAGCGCCAACCCUCACACCGGAGUCCUGGAUCCGUCUGUCUGCAGGGUUUCAGUCAGGAAGGAACUCAAAGGAGGAAAAGCCUAUACGAAGCUGGGCUUCACAGACCUCAACAUGGCCGAGUUUGCUGGUUCUGGUUCUACGGUGAGAUGCUGCCUGCUGGAGGGAUACGACACCAAGAACACACGGCAGGACAACUCCAUACUGAAGGUGAUCAUUGGGAUGACCCUCCUGUCUGGAGAUCCGUGUUUUAAGACGCCUCCGAGCACAGCCAAGUCCAUCUCCAUCCCCGGACAGGAACACACCCUGCAGCUGGACUGUAAGGGGGAAGGAACCGCCGAGCCCGGCCCGGUUGGAGGGGUUUCUCUGGGCCGAGCCUCCAAACCUCGACCCUCCAUCAUCAGCUCAGGUCUCUUGGAGGAGUCAGAAACGAAUCAGAACCAGUCGAGUUCAGCAGAAGUCUUCCAGUCUGGUCACUCUCGUAACUCCAGCUACGCCAGCCAGCACAGCAAAAUCUCAGGCUACAGCACUGAGCACUCCUGCUCCUCCAGCCUGUCCGACUUCACACAUCGCAGGAAUACCUCGACGGGCAGCAGCACCUCCGGCGGCCUUUGUUUUACCACCGACUCACCUCCAGAGGGCGACAAGGACGCUGGACGUCCAGAGAGACCCCCUCGACCCCCAAGGCCCGUCUUACCCCCCAACAGGCCUCCCAGGAGGAAACAGGACUCUGUGGAGAGUCACCCCUCCUGGGUAAACGAUACUCGCAUUGAUGCUGAUGACAUCGUGGAGAAAAUUGUCCAGAGCCAAAACUUUGCGGAUAUCAACAACACUGAAGACAGCAACCUGCGAUUGUUCGUCAGCAGAGACGGAACCACGGCGCUCAGCGGCAUCAGGCUCGGAAACAGGGUUUCUGCAGGCGGCUACGAGCCCGUGGUGAUAGAAAGCCAUUGAAUGUCGACCUGCGGAUCGACUCAUCUUCAGGUUUCCUGGAGCUUCAGCCGGUCUGACGCUGUGAGAGGAAAACCUCGUCAGUUUGCACUUUAUGUUGAGUUUUGUGGCAGCACCAGUCUGCACUCCGUUCAGCUGUUUGAGUGAUGUUGAGGGCGAAACGUUGUUGUCGAAUCAUAAUGAAAGUUUUUAGAUUUCCGGAGAUGCCCAGAGGUUUGUUAGAACUUUGUUUAAAUGCCCUUUUCUGUUCACAAAGUUUACCAUAGGUUUGAUUUAUGUCCUUCUAAAUCUGAAAAAUAUUUCUGUAACUCCUCCAGUACUUGGCGGUAUCAGUGCCUUUUUGUCAUGUUUGGGGAAAAAAACUGAACUUAAUAGUAACGUCUAUUCAGCCUCAGAUCAUACAGCACUAUGCAUUCGACAGCAAGUUCAGUUUAUUUAAAUCAGCUUGUCGGCACAAGUUUAAAAAAGCAUCACAUCAGACAUCCAGGAAGCAAUCAGGAAGUCUAUAAAAAGCAAAAAGUGCACUUAAUUUCAUUUUAGCCACCAUCUCUGUUGACCUUGUGCAGUUCUACUCUGCUCCUACUGCUCCUGCAACACUUCCUGACCACUUGUAAAAGGUUUGGACAUUUGCGAUUUCACCAUGACUCUUGAACAAAUCUGUGUAGUCUGCGUUUAGAGAAAAGCUAAACAGCAGCCUCUGAUUUAAAUGUGGUCUCCUUGUGCAGUUCUGCUCUGCUCCCACUGCUCCUGCAACACUUCCUGACCACUUAUAGAUACACAUUUCCACUUUCACCAUGGAUCUUAAGCAAAUUCUGUCAACCCAUCCAAAGUGUCGAUGAUCAUCACUGAUGAUGGGAGGUGGGUUUCCGGCUACCAACCGUAGAUCAAACAGCCGUUUCCACAGUGAAACGCCCACAAUCUCCAUGACUGGCCGGUAACACAACCAGCAGUACACUUGUUGUUUCUUCAAAAUUCACAGGGUUGUGUAGUGUAAAUUCGUCCUCCAUGCAGCUCCUCGCUCAACCUAAUUUGACUCUUCAAAAAAAAUAAAAAUGCCAUAGUCACCAUUUCGACACAGUUUAGGCGGAUGGUGCUUGACACAUUUGUAGAACAGAGCUGUUAUGGAGCCUUACAUGUGUUGCAGGAACACUGGGAGCAGAGUAUCGCUGCACUAAAAGACUAUCUUGGAAGGGAUAGUGGCUAAAUUGAAAUCAUUUUUUUCUUUCUGUCACUGUUUUGAUGCAGUUAAGGCAGAUGAGGCUCAACACAUUUAUAGAACAGAGCUUCCAGGUAGCAUUACAAGUGUUGCAGGAGCACUAGGAGCAGAGUAUCACUGCAGUAGAAGACUGCUUUGGAGGGGAUAGUGGCCAAAUUUAAAUAUUUUUUUGCUUUCUGUCACCGUUUUGACAGUUCAGGCAGAUGAUGUUUAUCACAUUUAUAGAACAGAUCUUCCAUUUCGUGUUACAAGUGUUGCAGGAGCACUAGAAGCAGAGUAUCAUCGCACAAAAAGACGAAUGGGAUUGUGGCCAAAUUUAAACCAGUUUUUGCUUUCUAUAGAUGCAGAACUUUUUAUUGCACCUUUUAAGACUUAAGAUAACAAUAAAUGCGUCACUGCUUUGACACAGUUUACACAGAUGAUGCUUGACACAUUUGUAGAACAGAUCUUCCAGGUAGUGUUCCAGGUGUUGCAGGAGCACUGGGAGCAGAGUAUCACUGCACUAAUUUGUGCUUUUUAUCUGACUUCACUGUGGAUUUCGCUUAUUCCCAUUUGAUCACUAUUAAUGUGGCACAUUUUAGUUGCUGCAAACUGUCUGGAAUCACAAUCAAGAAUCUCAGUGACUUAAUUCUGUCAACAUAAAUGUGAUGUGAUGAAGUUUAUCUGAUCUCUCUCGACUUCCCGUGCAGUUUGAAUCAGAUCAACUCCUGCUGAACGUGACCAGGAGUUUAUAAAACCACUGAAGCUCUUCUGUUUUGCGUCUUUAGUUUGUGUUUCCCUGUUGAUCGGGUGAAGCCAGCAGAACCACUCAGUGCCUGCAGAGUUUCUCUCAUAUGAUCCUGAAGCGCUGUUAAACUGUGAGUGCUCGUGAUGGUGACCAGAGAAACGCCGCUUCCUCUUUGUUUUUUCUUUUUUGUUUCGGCUCCGUUAUUAACUACAGGUGGAAAUGUUUUGUGUGGUACAGGCUGUUCUGCUUUUAGCGGCCACACGAGGAAACAAAAAGGGGGGAGAUUCUGCAGCUGUAAAGCUCUUUGCUGCCCCCUGGUGGGGAAACAUCGGGUUUUCUCAUCAGUCCUUUGGUGUUUAAUGAAAGAGUUUACUUUGAGUUUGUUUACUGAUGAACAAACACCAAAGAGGCAGAAAAAAAGGAGUUUCUGCUCCAAGCAGCAGAAAAAUGGCGACCAGCUGGCUGGUUUUGGCCUAUUUUAUAAGCAGCUUUUCAGUUGUUUCACAAACUUUCCCACUUUUUAUCCAAAUUAGAGUCUUAAAAUCAUAUUUUUGUGUUUGUAUAAAGGUUAAUAAAGCCAGAAAUAUGAAAAAUAUUGCAUUUUAUUGUCACAAAACUCAUGAAACUAAGCGAUAAUUGUAACAUCUAAUGGAUUAAUGGAUGCCAGAUGGAUUUUUCUGGUAAUUAAAUAAAGUUUUAAUUGAUCAUUUUGCAGGUUUUUCUCCAUAUUUAUCUACAAAAAUAGAUUAAAAAGUCUGAUAAACAACAAAAUACAGUAAAAUUUGCCUCCUGCUAACAGUUUUUGUCAACAUUAUGUGACACUUUAGCUUUAAACACUUAGUUUAAUGACAGAAAAUUGACAGUGUUCUUUCAAAAAUGUCAAACCUUUGUUGGCUACAGCUGUUCAGAUUCUUUUUUUAGGGAUUAUUUUUGAAAUUUUGGACUUUUAGUCAAACAAAACAAGCAAUUUAAAGAAACUGAACACCUUAAGAGACUAAAUUUACAGAAAAAAGCACUAAAUCCUCACAUUUUCCAAUUUGAAACAACAAAUGAUUCACGUUUAUGUUAAAAAACACCUGAUUAACCAAUUAAACCAAUAAAAACAAUAAGCAGCUAAUAAACAAUAAAAAAAUCUGAUUUUAAGACUCUUAAUUAGUAUAUUUUUGUUUUUUUUACACUAAAGCUGCAGUUUUCCCCCUCAUUGUUUUUUUUUGUUGUUGUUGUUUUUUUACCACACUACAAAAGAAGCAACUUGUUGUGUUUCUGUUAAUCAAAUGGUUAAUUGUUCUCAUUAUAAUUGGGGAUGAACCACUGAAAAGCUUAUUCUGAAUUUGGGUUUACGUCGCCGCAGCCUUUUGUAUUCUCCUGAAGCAUUUAUUUAUGUUUUUUUGGUUGCUUUUUGUUUUUAAUCUUUGUGUCCGGAGGUGAGUUAUAAGCUACGCACACGACUCCCCGAGCUUCUCUUUUUGUUCUUCUGUUUUAGUAUUUCUAACAGAUUUAUUCUAUUUUAACAAAGCUAGUAUAACCUGAAGUUAUAGGAAGUCCAAACGUCACACUGUUUAGUUAAACCCACAGCUCUGUGUUCGUUGGUAUAAAUCUGCAGAAAUGACUUCUAAACAAUAAAAAGCUAAUCUGA